AUGAACAUUUUAAAGGAAAGUUCUAAAAGAAUUACAUUCCAGCUCAGACACCAAAAAUUAUUUAUUUAGAAGAAAGUAUUGGUUUUAGAUUUAGAUGAAACAUUAGUACAUCUGAAUUCAAGGAAAAUGAAAAUUUUUAACAUGAAGCUAUUCUUAAAUAUAUUGAAAGUUCGACCCUACCUAAAUCAGUUUUUAUUAGAAGCAAGCAAAGAUUAUGAAAUUUUCAUUUUUAUAGCAGGCUAUGAAGAUUAUUGUUAAGAAGUAUUAGGUUUUAUUGAUAAAAAAAAAUAAUUACUGACUAUUUUGCAAGAGGAAGCUGUCACUUUAUAGAUGGGAUUUGUUAUAAAGAUUUAUUAUUAAUCGAUAGGCCUAUGGAAGAUAUAAUAUUCAUUGAUAAUAAUCCAAAUGCUUUUAUAAAGUACCAGAAUAAUGGAUUACUCAAAUGAUGAUGAUUGCCUUUUAAAAUUACUUUUAUUUUUAAAAUAUAUGGCUAAAAAAAUAGAUGUGAGGCCAGUGGAAUAAUAUCUAAGAAAUUAUGAAGAUAAGAUCGGUACAACAGUAUUCAGCGAAGCCAAAAAGUCAAUAUAGUUAGAACAAGAAGAACCAGACGAAGAUACAUUAAGUGAAGGAAAGGUUGUAAAAAGAGAUUAAGAAGUUACAGAUUUAGAUAUCAAAAAUAAAAAAUCCCAAACUCAAUAAGAAAUUGCUAACAAGGUCAAAAUUCACACAUUAAGUGAUUUAUAACUUUUUGAUUGUCUUUGA